AUGGCGUUUUGGGUGGUAGGAGGGGAGGCAAGGCCAUCGUCCCGCGACGAGGACCAUGCCCUCAGUGCCGACCUGUACGUUGUGGGUGGCAAGCGGCGGGUUGGUCAUCUCGAUGAGCACGGUUUUCAGGACAAUUACGACAACCACGACGAAGCUCCUUUGCCCAAGAGAGCGAAGCUAUCGCAUUAUACCCCCGAAUCGGAUUCUAGCUGUUUACCGCGGGGAUCAAUACCUGUACAGAACUUGUCGUUUCUGGUGAUUCGAGAAGAAGCAUCUCCAACACCUCCGACCCCCGAAUGUGCAGAGCUCGAUGUCAGCCCAUCGCCAAUGGAACGGACCGCAUCCGGUUUAUCAAUCUCUUCGGACACAAGCAUUUACCACAUCGCAGACAAUGAAGAAUCGAGACUUUUGGGCGACGACGCCGCUGCUCGGAUGGUUGAGGACCGACUGCAGCUCAGUCGUCGACGGGCCAAGGACACUCAACAUGAGAGGAUCCUAAGGUCUCUCAUUCAACCACGGUCUCGACACGCCGAGUUUUCCAUUGACAACGCUGCUCUGGAGAGCAUUUUUUCGGCCGCAAACGAAAUUUUUUUCCACAACUCUCUCUCUCAGCGCGUAACCUGGGACUGGUCCCAUGCAUCAAGUGCUCAGUACAAGGACCAUAUUAUCGGCACCACAGCUCUUCGGCGCUCAAAGAUGGGAGGCUUUGAGACGCUCAUAGUGCUUUCGAAUCCGAUUUUGAAAGACAAGAAGUACAAUCGCCGACUUCUCAUUUCAACCUUUUUGCACGAGCUUAUUCACAGUUACCUUUUCAUCAAAUGUGGCAUUAAGGCUCGUUAUUGCGGCGGGCACACACCAGGAUUUCGAAAAAUCGCAGAACUCAUUGACCUUUGGGCUGGCCCAGACAACCUACACUUGCGCGACAUGGAGGCCGACUUGGAUCACUUCCGGGAGGACGAGGGUCGAUUUGCAGUUGAUGAUCCUCAGUUGACGGACGCCCCCUCACGAGCCAUCUAUCAAGGCAGCCAUGAAUAUCUCAUUCCUCAUCAUCAUCACACAAUCUAUGACCACCAUGCCCACGACUACGGGAGAUCACGAAAUCAGCAUCAGGACCGAUGGGAUUAUUGCAUCAAUGACCACCGAGGGCACUUUCCAAUUAGCAGGGCCAGCAGUCCCACAUCGACAAUCCCGACAACAACUGAGGGGGAUUUCGAAGAAGUGGAGCCGUUGGAGGAAGGCGAAAUCCGUGAGCCACGUGGUCGACUCUUCUUCCCUGACGAUUACGCCUCUAGUAGACAUUCAUCUGCUCACUACGAACGGCACUAUGACUCACACUUUGGGCGAUGGGCCCGCCCCGAUGACCGACGAGGAACAUCAACUUUGAGUUAUGACAACAAUACUAACUCAGUCAUCACUAUACGUUAG